AUGAUAUGUAUCAACUGCUGUUGCCAUGUAGAGUCAUUGUAUGUUGCGUAUCCUGGCGACCACAUCCGACUGACUGACUGCUGGCAAUGCGGUGAGGUGGUGGACCGGUAUGUUGAGUUCGACAAUGUGCUGCUCUUCAUCGAUCUGCUGUUGCUGAAACCGGGAGCAUACCGCCACCUAGUCUACAACUCGCUGGAGGUUGAUAUGCGGCGAUACCCCGAGCACGGGACGCGCGAGAGCGGGUUCCGGGGCUAUGUGCAGGACUGGCUUCUGUGGUUCCGCAAGUACGAUCGGUUGAACCGGAUAUGGCUGCUACUGAUCACGUUUGAGGUGUACCUGAUGUGGAUGACGGAGGAGAAAAAGUACAACAACUACUACCGGGAGCCGGCGACGCAGUACGGGUGGCACCUGCUGACCGGGGACGUGCUGAGCCUGCAAAACCCGCUGCUGCAGUACCUGUUCUUCGCAGUGUACGUGAUCGGGGACCUCGCGUUACUGCACAAACUGACUCGCGAAAGCCUGUUGAAUUGGUCGCAGUGGGGGCAAGACCUGCGGUAUGCGAAGGACAUUGUGUCCUACACCAUCCUACUGUCGUACGGGGCCAAGAUAUUCCCGAUCUUGAUGCUGAUCUGGCCGUACGACAGUUUGGUUUCGACCAGCAUCAUCAAGUGGAUUGCCAACUUCUACAUUGUGGAGUCGCUGCGGAUUGUAACGAGCAAGUCGUACUCAUACAUCAUUUUGUUGUUUGCAGGGAUCUUUAUUGUGCGCAGUGUGGUUCUGAAGCCUGUGCUUGCACUGAUAGUCUCGCGGGGAAACAUGUUGCAGGCCCAGCGGUACCUAUGGGGGGAAUAUGAGUUAUUUAAGUUUCGCUUCUUGACGAAGAGAGACAUCUUCCUAUAA